UUGCAUUGCAUUGACGAUCGACCACCGUUCUACUAAAACGUUAUUUAUUUUAUGAAGAAAAUUAUUAUCCUUAUUUGAAUCAUCUCAAAUAUACAACCAAUAUUAAGACUUAAAAAAUAAAACACAAUUAUGGCGUUAGACUUCAAAAGAAUAUGUCGAAUUUGUUUAGAAUCAGAUAAACAAACAUACGAUAUUUACACCAGUUUUUAUGUGAAAACAAAUACAAUUUAUUGCGAUAUGUUAUCAUAUUGCACAAAACUAAAGCCCAGCUCGGAAGAUGGUUUACCGCGCUUAAUUUGUAAAGAAUGUUCUCGACAACUGAAACGUACUUACGCUUUUAAUGUACAAUGCGAAGAGAGUGAAAAGAAGUUAAAAUCUAUACUAUCCAAACCCCCUGAAGAAGUAAAGACAAAUGGCUGUAGUGAUGGCAGUGGUGCUAUUAUUAAGGAUGAACUAGAUGUCGAUAGCAUUAAGGAUGAGGCCGCUUAUGAAAUAAGUGACGAGUUAAUCACAACACUAGAUGGUAAAGAAAUUAAGGGUAAAAUAAAACUUGAACCUUUAUUAACUGAUGAUGGUAAUGACAGUAGCUGGGAUGCCGAUGAUGAUAAUAUUAUUCUAGAAGAAAUUAAAAUUAAGAAAUUAGAAAAAGGAUUGAGUGAAGAAAAGCCUAAAAAGAAAAAAGGUCGAAAGAAAAGAGUAUACUUAGAGGGAGAAGUACCUUCAUUACCAGAGAGCAAGUUGCCGCACCAGUGUGAUAUAUGUGGCAAGUUCCUGAGCACCAAGAGCAAUCUGAAGGCACAUAAACUAUGUCAUACGGAUCUCAGACCUUAUAUAUGCUCUGAGUGUCCUGCUACUUUUAGAGGACACAGUGCCUUGUUCCAACAUAAGAAGGUGCACACGGGCGAGACGCCGUACCACUGCGAGUACUGCCCCAAGCAGUUUAGACGACGCACCGGUCUCGUUAACCAUAUACGAAUGCAUAAAGGGGAAAAACUAUAUAGCUGUGAAUUGUGUUUCAAAACAUUCGUACAAAGUUCCCAACUAUCGAUACACAUGAAGCGGCAUAAAGGAGAUAAGCCAUUUUUAUGUCAAGUCUGCGGCAAAGGGUUCCCGAUCAAGGCCGAGCUGAAGGUGCACCAGCGCAUCCACAACGGCGAGAAGCCCUACUCCUGCCACCUCUGCGCCAAGACCUUCGCGACGUCUGGAAACCUGUCCAUACACGUUAGGAUACAUAAUAAGGAAGUUAGAUACAACUGCAAAGAAUGUCAACGCGGCUUCGUUACGUGCAGCGCAUACAACGUCCACGUUAAAAGGCACAAAGGCCAAAGAGACUACCACUGCGAAUGCGGGAAGACAUUCUACACGUCAUCAGCAUUAAAACAACACAAAGUUGUUCAUACAGGCGAAAAGAAAUACCAAUGCAAGAUAUGCGAUAGAAAAUUCACACAAACUAGUCAUUUAAGCCGCCAUUUUAAAAGGGACCACGUGAAACCGAACGCGCCCGUACCGUCGUCCGAACAUUAUAAAGUUGUGUUGCCAGAGAGUAAAACUGUAUUUAAUUUAUUAGAUGGGGCAAUACAGAAAGCGAAUGUCGCUGAUGUUAAGUGUGAAGGUUCUUAACAACUUUGUUUGCUGGUGUCAGCUAUUUGGAUAAAUAUAGUCUCAAUGAUUUUCAAGGCUUUUGUGCGCCUAUCUAUACCGAGUAUAAUCUUAGAAACGGGUGGACUGAUUUGGAUAAGGUUUACACAGUAUAAUAGAUAGGUAAUACCGCCAUACUAACAACACUGCCACGGGCCGCCGCUAACAUAAGUUUGUAUACAAUUAUAUUUUAACAAGAAUCUACCUCAGCAAUACAACUUUUAUCGUAAAGGUUUUUCAUUGUUUUGAAGUCGGGAUACUUAAAAGGUAAACAUUGCAUUAUGUUGCAGAAUAUAAUAUAGUUUGCUGGAGAAAGAAAUCAUAAUAUUAAUUUAUUUAAUUACUUUUAAUUAAAAAUAACAAUCGUGUGUUCUUUUUAACUUUUCACUUAUAGACUGAAAAAACCGCAAGCUUAA